GAGAGAAGUGGCGUCACGUUAUCCACUUCCCCUCCAUAAAAUUCACAAACACAUGAUAUCUGUUCGAUCUAUAUCCAAUCUCAACUCUUUCUUCACUCUCCGUACGUUAACCAAAACUUCUUUUUAUUCGUAAUGAACCUGAAGUUAUUCCAGAUAUAGCAAACUACAGGAUGAUGAUAAACCUCUCAUCUUCUCCACCUGUUGCUGCUUCUUCUAAUUUAUUACUCGCCAGAUUAACAAAUUCAAAGGCACCCACUUCACCAUACCAUACAAGAAACAAAACCCCGAUUCCAAAAUUAUCACUUCACUGCUCAUUUUCUUCUUUAAGCUUCUUCAAGAGUCAAUUCCCUCGUGGUAGGAGGGGAAAUUUCAAGCAUCACGCCGUAGCAGGAUUGGAUUUCAGCGCGUUUCAGGAUGCACAGUCAGUUCUUGAGGCAGCUGGAGUAUUGACCGCCAUCAUCAUAGUCCAUGAGAGUGGCCACUUUUUGGCAGCUUAUCUCCAGGGCAUUCAUGUAAGUAAGUUUGCGGUUGGGUUCGGUCCAAUUUUAGCCAGAUUCAAUUCCAAGAAUGUGGAGUAUUCAAUUAGAGCAUUUCCUUUAGGUGGGUAUGUUGGAUUUCCUGAUAAUGACCCGGAUAGCGGUAUUCCACCAGAUGAUAGGAAUCUGCUAAAAAACAGACCUAUUAUGGACAGAAUGUUUGUUAUUUCAGCCGGUGUGAUUGCUAAUAUAGUGUUUGCUUAUGUUAUAAUCUUUACCCAAAUUAUAUCAGUUGGAUUGCCUGUUCAAGAGGCCUCCCCUGGUGUGCUUGUUCCAGAUGUUAAGCCAUUUUCAGCUGCUAGCCGAGAUGGUAUAGCCCCUGGUGACAUCAUUCUAGGUGUUAAUGGAGUUGAUUUCAGCCAAACGGGACCUAAUUUGGUUUCUGAGGUUGUUGAUGUGAUUAAGAAAAGCCCUACUAGAAAUGUGUUGCUGAGGAUAGGGAGAGGAGAGGAAAGGAUGGACAUCAAUGUCACUCCGGAUAUGAAUUCGGAUGGUACGGGUCGCAUUGGGGUACAAUUAACGCCGAACUAUAAGCUUUCAAAAGUUAGCCCGAAGAAUAUAUUUGAAGCAUUUGGUUUCACGGGAAGUGAAUUUUGGGCACUUACGUCUAAUGUGCUAGGCGGUUUGAAACAGACCUUUUUAAACUUCUCUCAGUCUGCAAGUAAGGUUUCGGGCCCUGUAGCGAUUAUAGCUGUUGGUGCUGAGGUGGCAAAGUCAAAUAUUGAUGGUCUAUAUCAAUUUGCUGCAAUUUUGAACCUUAACCUUGCUGUGAUAAAUAUUCUUCCUUUGCCUGCUCUUGAUGGGGGUUCAUUGGCUUUGUUACUCAUAGAAGCGGCUAGAGGUGGGCGGAAGCUUCCGCUUGAAGUUGAGCAACGUAUUAUGUCAUCCGGAGUGAUGGUAGUCCUAGUUCUUGGAGUUUUCCUUCUUGUGCGAGACACACUCAAUCUUGACUUCAUGAAAGAUUUAUUGUAAUGGUUUGGAGAAGUGUUCAAAUGCAGAUAUCCCAAGGAAAUUGUGCUACGGCCUCCUACCUCCGAGACCUCAAUAUAUAGAACUUUUGAUGGAAAAUUUGGAAACAUUGGCAAGUGAAACAUUACACAGUUUUCCAUUAUCAUCAGUUUGAUGCAUCUCCAGGUGAGCAAACUGAUCCCGCCUUUCUUCAGACACACAUUGACACGUGAUGACGACUUGUAGUAAUCUUAACUUUUUGAGAAUUAAUUCUCAUUCAUGUACCCCUUAACAAGCCACUUCAUGUCUAUUAAACUCUUUCUGACAAUCUAAUAUUACCAAUGGUAAAUUGUUAAAGACUUAAAGGUCCUUGAGUGUUUUUUUUAAAUACAAUGAGGGCGUCCAGACUACUUUUGACCCCCAUAAUUGCCCUCUAGAGGGGGUUCUGAACUAGUGACCGGAAUCAAUUGAACCCGAGAAGGUUGGUCCUGAAGUUCUUAAAUAGCUCAUGUGCUUGUGAAUUAUGGUAUCAUUGCUAUGUGAUGUUCGUUGUUGCUGUUUCUCUCUAUAUGAUUAAUACAUGGGUUGUAAUUCUCUUUUUUUAUGGAGAGACUUUAAAGGCAUCGAUUCUGUUUCUUUUACCUGGUUUUGAAAACAUUCAACACUUGUCUGGGUAACAGCUUUGCACAAAACCAUGUUGUGAGUGUAUACACGCCAUGACACAAUGUAUAGAGAACCAGGCAAGCCCGGUCAACUUGGAAACGGUUACCGAGUUGCCCCGAUUAGUAUGUUACUUGAAAAAGGCAAUUAUACAGUUAUACCUAGGGGUGGUUCGGUACGGUAUACCUUAUAUUUUUUCUCAUACCUUUGCCAUACCAAAACUUUCGGUAUGCAAAAUUUGCAUACCUUUACCUUACCGAAGUUUCGGUAUACCGCAUUUCGGUAUACCGAAGUUUCGGUUCGGUAACGGUACGGUAUCGGUAAAUUACCGUGCAUGUCUCCCAAUACAAAAAAUUAUCAUAGACUAACAAAAUAUAGUAAAUCGUUAUUACUAGCGACAUAUUAAAUCUAUUAUUAAAAUGUUACGAAAUACAAUUAAUAAUCUAUUGAUGUCAAUUCAAUAUUGAACAAUAAUUAUAAUUAGUAUAUUUAAGCAGUUCAACAUACCACAUAUUAUAAAGUAACACAUUCUCCUAAAAUAACUUGAACAAUAUAGAUAUAAUUAAAUUAAUAGCGAUCUCUAACAAAAAUAAAUAAAACUAUUCAAACAACAUGGAUAUAAAAUUAUUUAUUCCUAAUAUGAAAUUGUGUAUUUAGUCAUUUUUAUAAUUUUUUAAAAAUUGAAUAAGACUUUCGGACAAAGUUGUGUGUCUCGACUCGCUGAAUCCCUAUGUAGAUACACUUGUCACAUAAGUGUAUCUCUCUUCACUCGUCAGCUACUUAGCGGCCCAGCCAUCACGACUUGCAAGCUCUUGGAACAAGAUGGACUUGUUUCUUGACAUUUGUACAUUACUCAUUAGUCAUUUAAGAUUAGCGUAGUAGAAGCCUAUAAGGUUAUAGUGGGUUUGAGAAAUUGGGCUUUUAUUUUUGUAUUUUUGUAUUUGUAACCAACUUAAGUAUUAAUUUUGGGCUUCAAAAUUGUAAUGGAUUUCUAAAAUAUAUUAAAAUUAAAAGUAAUUGUUGAGUAGGGAGUCGGUACGGUAUUAUACCGGUAUACCGCGGUAUUUGAAAACAUUUAUCGUUACCGUACCGAAAUAGACCGGUACGGUAUGAUACCGUACCGAAAAUGACGGUAUACCAAUAUUUCGGUAUUUUCCGGUAUUUUUCGGUACGGUAAGUGCGGUAUACCGAUAUUUCGGUAUUUUUGCCCACCCCUAGUUAUACCCAUAUUUGUUUUAAGAGAGGUAAACAAAGUAAUCAUGUAAUAUUUUUCAGUCAGAAAAAGAAUAAACACUACUUCCUCAUUCCAUUUACUCGUUUCAACCAUUUGUAAUGAUAUUUGAGAGUUGCAAAAGAGGUGUAUAGUGUAAAAAAGCCAAAAAAUUAGAGAAAGAAGAUGAAAAAUUAAUAGAAGUUGGAUACGUAAGAUGAAACAACAAUGCCUAUGUUUUUUAUACAUUUUUAUUUGCAACUAAAAAGGUGAAACAAGUAAUACGUAAUAACUGUUAAGCUAUCUCAUGGCAGGAAGCCGGGAAAUGUCUCCCUUCCCUGUCUCCCUCAUGAGAAAAGGGUAUCCAUGUCCAUCUGUGUGGUUUAAGCAAAACUUAGAGCUAUCUCUAAUGAGAAUAUGAAUUGCUUAAAAAGGCACUGUCACAUCUGUCAAAAUUGAGGUAAAUUUAGUCUCUCCAACAAUAACGUGUAUAUGUCCUGUGUUGUUGAGCUGGAAACGAAAAACCCCACAAUCUCAACUUCUCUUUCGAUUUUCAGCAAGCCUAGCUCCCUAACAUUGUGACUCAGCAAAAAAAAUAGUUUCCUGGUGAAAUUUCCUGGCGAAAUUUAAGGUGGCAAGUGAAAACAUUUCUGUCAAACUCCUUUUACUUAUUUCAUCUUUGUAUAUGCGUGAAACUCUAAAAGUAAUCCAGAUUUCUUCUUCCUUAUUCGUUUGGUUGAAUUAUGAGUGACAAACACAUUAACAAUGCAAUGGCUUCAUCAUUUUCUCAAUUUGAAUAGUACAUUCCAUUCAUAUUCAUAUAUGUUGAAGGUUUUACUAGAGUCACGUUUUCUCUUUUACGGGAAUGUUAUUAGUUGAGUUACAAUCAAUUUAUUUUGUUCAAAUUGUAGUGUUGAAAACCGAAUACAAUUAAAGACUCUUUGAUCCUCCUACGGAAUCAAAAUAAAUAAUCUACAUGACUUCCGGUUUCAUACUCUGUAUGUAUGUGCGGCGUUGCAGGGCAUGUGUCUGUCAGUGUGUGUGAAAUAUGCAGAUGUGAAGCGAGUGAGGUGUAACCUGCAUUUCUAGUUAUGCCUUUGAAGAUGAAAAACACUAGCAAAAGAGUUGUUUACUUAUGUAUAAACCUGCGUUUGUUAGUCACUACAACAUCUAACUGGACCACGCUCAACGAUUUCUUUUCGAUUCUUGGUUGAAACAUUAUGGGCAAACUCAGCACAGUAUGUCCCAUUGUGCAUCAUUAAGCGUUCCAACUCUUGGACAUUAUGCUUAAGGAACUUCUUGAACUAUGCACAAAAAAAGAUGGUCAUGUUUUUGUUUCCUAAAUAGGAGUAACAAACUGCAGUACUACCAAAACAUGAUAAUAAUUACUCAUGUUUAGGGAAUAAAAACAUGACAAUCCUACUUUGAAAUAUACAAACAUUUUUACUUCUAUUUAAGUCAAUUCCCUAUUUUAUAUAGUAAUUUCUCUAAAUAAGACUAAAAGCUCGUUUGGUAACACUAUAAUUGGCUAAAUCAAGUGAUUCUGUUGAAAUUCAUGAAGUUUUGAUGAAAGUGGCUAGAUUGAUUGAUUCUGCUGAUUUAUGGGGGUAUUAAAAUAUACGGAGUAUUUUAUUAAUUAAACUAACAAAAAUUAUACUCCAUAUAAAAAAUAGCUAAAAUAAGUUCAACCUUACUUAUUUUUAUUACUUCGUAUUAUACAAUUCAGAACGAAAAUUACAUAUUUGGCAAAAAGUUGACUAAUAAGGCAAGCCAAACCCGCUCUAAAAGUGAAUGAAAGUGCACUAGUGGAACUAUACCAUUACACUUACUUAAGUAAGACUUGUUUGAUCAUAUUAUAAAUGUAAAAAUGUUCUCAAUUAGAAAUGAAUUAAUCUCAUUUUAUGAAGAAAACAAUAAUUAUGGUAUUUAUGCAUUUAUGAAUGUUUUAGUUCUAUUUUUUUUUUGUAUUUUAAACCAUUGACUAAUUAGAGCUUUAUGUAACUGUAUUUUGCUAUUUUUAGACAUGCGAGCCAAACACGCUCUCUGUCGCUACACACGUAUUGAAAUACUUUUGAAAAAGAGGAAAUGUAAAAUGGAGCAUGAUACUCCGUAAAUACUACUGUGAGGUGAAAAUUGAAAAGGAGUGGAGAAAGGAAAGUGCGGGCGUAAAAAAAUGUAGCAUGAAGCUUGCAAGCCGGGACGAGAAGUAAGCUCACACCUAUCAUUCUAUAAAUCUGCCCAGCAGGCACCUCCCCCUCUCAUCCUUUCCAUCUUUCUCUUUCUCAGCCAUAUCUCUGUUUUUCUGUAUUUUCCAUCCAAAAAGAAAACAUUUUGGAUCCCAUCAUUUAUUAGUUCCAACCAAAAACAGAAGAUCGAUCGAUCAGCUAGCUGCUGCACUAGAGCGGUUAUAUAUGACGUCGUCGGAUGGUGGAGCAAUGAAAAGCGGUGGCCAGGGAAGGAACCGGCAGAUGCUGAAGAAGGGGCCGUGGACGACGGCAGAGGACGCGAUUCUGAUGGAAUACGUGAAGAAGCACGGCGAGGGGAAUUGGAACGCCGUCCAGAGGAACUCCGGGCUGAUGAGGUGCGGUAAGAGCUGUAGGCUAAGGUGGGCCAAUCAUCUCAGGCCUAAUCUGAGGAAGGGCGCCUUUUCUCCCGAGGAAGAACGUCUCAUUGUUCAGCUUCAUUCCAAGCUCGGCAACAAGUGGGCUCGCAUGGCGGCUCAGUUGCCGGGGAGAACAGAUAACGAGAUAAAGAAUUAUUGGAAUACUAGGCUAAAGAGGAGGCAGAGAGCUGGAUUACCCAUUUAUCCUCAAGAGAUUCAACCCCAAAACUCAUACUAUCCCAAUGCCCAGAUCCUGAUGUCCACCUCUUCUUCAUCUCCCCUGUCUGCGCUUCUAUCAGCGCCGCCGCCGCCGCCCAAGCCCGCCGCCGCUUACAAUCCCUCUAUGUCCAUGUACGACCACAUGUUGGACCGUUCUCCGGCGGCCUUGAAAUCUCCCGCUCCACCUCCCCAUACCCAUAACUCCCAUCAUUUCAAGUUUAUCACACACUCUCCGCACGGUGGUCUUGCUCUGACGUUGGCCUCAUCCUCCUCCUCGGCGGCGGCCAAUAAACAGUUUGCUCAGGCGGCACCGCUUCCGUUCCCGUUCAGUUCCCUCUAUCCAACCUUCGCCGGCUGCGGUUUCUUCGCGAGUCCAGCGGGAAUGAACAUACAAGAGCGACCUUCAAUCCAAAUCGCCGUGCAAACAACGGCCACCCCGGUAAGAUCUUCCGGGACUCUUUGCCCGGCGGCGGUGACCGUCGAGGCUGAGGAUGAUGACUGCGACGAAGCUGACCACCCGGAUUUAUCGCGGAGGAACAGUGGAUUAUUGGACGAUUUAUUGCGCGAGUCUCAUUCUUUGGCGCGAGUUAACAAAAAUUAUUCUUCAGAUGGAAACGGGAAACACAAAUCUACGAUCGGAAAUCAAGAAGUGGUGCUUAGUUUUGGCUGUGAAGAGACAAGGGAAGGUGGAGUUCCAGCGGGGAAGGAGAGUAAUAACAAUAGUUGUGUAAUGGACGAGGAUAUAAUGUGUCUGCUUGACAAUUUUCCACUGGCAGUACAAGCUCCUCCUGAUUGGUAUGAGGAUGGAGAUGAAGAUGGGAACGGUGAUUUUGUGGACAGUGCUAGUGGUGGUGAUGUCGCCGGCACCGUUAGAAAUCACAAAGAAGAUUCGAAAUCGUCAAGCACAAUCACAACCUCAGAGACCACGUUGUGCUGGAAUAACAUGCCAUGUAUUUCCUAGUCUACAGAUAUCUCCUAGAAUUAGCCAGCUUGUGUAUUCUUAUUUAGGUUAUAUAUAUAGUAGAUGAAUAAAAAUACUAUGCUCAAAUUUGGCUACUUCCUUUUUUAUGUGUACCACGAUGUGUCUGAUUUCACAUUCAAUUUUUUUUUAAAGGAAAACUAUACUUAUAUUAA